AUGGCGGUAGAAAGUCGAUUCCCAAACGUGCAUCUGAUUGGGUCAGGAGGCAUUUCCUCAGUCUACCAGGUCGACUGCGGUAUUGUUGUGAAAGUCCCAAACUCUGAUGAGUUUUCGAGACAGCAAUUUCUCAAAGAGAUUGAGAUUUACAAAAGGUUUUCCCGACAGACGGCCUGCGCGUUCAUUGUGCAGUGUUUCCACCUCACUGACGACGCAAUCUUCCUUGAGAAUAUGAGAGACCAAUGUUUAGCUAUCCGUAUUCAAGGAAAUCACGAUUAUGACUGGGAGAAGUGGGUUGUUAUACAGGUGAACAAACUGGAACCACUGCACCUACGACUUGCGUGGAUGAACGGUAUCACCCAAGCAAUUGCCUUUCUUGAAUCUCUUACUCUCGCCCAUGGCGAUCUCCGACCGGAAAAUAUUCUUCUCCACGACAACAAAAUCAAGGUAACUGAUUUUGACAAUACGGCACCAUUCGGAACGCCAUUCUGGGUUUGCAUGGAGCCAUGGGGAAGAGAGUUGACGGAACCAGAAAUAGGCUAUGAUACCCCUGGUUGUCCAGCUGGGCUUCUGGGACCUCGGACUGAGCAAUUCGCCCUUGGAUCUAUGUAUUAUUAUAUUAACUACGGGAUGGCAGUAUACGAGGACAAGACUCUCACAGUCAGUUGGCGUGAUCGGGGUAUUGCGCGCAGGAAAUUAUUUCAGGACAUGCAGUUCCCAGUCCUAGACUGUGAUCCGAUGAUCGAUGAAUUAAUUCAUAAGUGCUGGCACAAUCAAUUUCCCACAAUUGCAAGCUUGGCGGCGGCCACGAAGCAAUUGUUUGACAAAAGAUGUAGCCGUGAAGAAAACGAAGCCGUGGAGGGAGGAAAGGAUGAAAAGAUAGCAUCAGAUGGAGACGAGGCUACAAAAGCUUUUUGUCAAAAAUUACAAGAAGAUGAGAGAUUCGGUCAUGGAAUCACUAGCCCAGAGGGUCGUUUGGUUAUUCCUUAUGUUGAGUCAAUCGAGAACCGCAACGAGUGUCUUCAAACCAAUAAAUCUACUUAG